AUGAAGAGGACUCGCAAAGGUACUAUUGAGACUUCAUCAUCUCGACCUAAUAGAAAGUGUCCCAUAGCCUCAGUGAGGAGACAUAGAUCGUCGAGGUUAGCCCCUCAAAAGGACCAGCCCCAACAUGGUCUUGCAAACAACUCUGAAGAUACUACAGAGGUUGAAGAUGUAGCUGCUAUUCAUAACACUAAUGUUGAGGUAGAUGCCGAGCCUAUGAGCUAUCUCGAGUAG